AAGAUUGAUCAGGUUUCCUGGAUGGGUGGGGGAUUUGGUGUUCUUAAAAGAGAGAGUCGCAGGUGGACACGGCCAGGGACUUCGAGCUCGGCGACGGAUCAAACAGACAGUUUUCAUUAACCGUUGGAUUAGUUCAACCUCAAGACCAGCCAACGUCAACCAACAACAUACACAUACACCACCGCACUUACCGAAAUGAAGUACUUUGUUUUUGUUGUCGCCGUUUUCGGAUGUUUCGUUACCGUUCCAGCACUCUAUUCACAAUGCAAAGGAACUAAGGAAAUCGAGAACUUCGAGGAUACCGUUCAGGUUUCGGGUUGCAGGAAGAAUUACUGCAGGCUGCAGAAGAAAACCCAGACUCAACUGCAAAUGAAAUUCACACCAGACAAGGAUGUCAAGAGUAUCACGAACAGUGUAACAGCUGAUAUUGCUGGUAUUCCUUUCCCGUUCAUUGGAACUGAUGGUACAAACGCUUGUAACAACGUCUUCGAAGCUGAUGGUACUACGAAGGCCAGUUGUCCUUUGAAGGCCGGAACCGAAUACGUCUACAAGAACGUCAUCGAUGUGCUGGAAAUUUAUCCACAAUUGAAGGUCAUCGUUCAUUGGGGUCUGACAACACCGAGCGGUGAGACCAUCGCCUGUUUCGAAGUCCCAGCCAAGAUUACUACAUAAAACCGUUAACAGUUUAUUUGGAAAAGUGAUAUUAAUUUUUUAGUUUUGUAACAUGUAAAGAAAUCAUAAUGAAAUAUAUUGUUUAUUUUUGAA